AUGAUGGACCAACUCCAGGCUCUUAGGGUGGAAAUAAAGGAUUGGGAGUACCAAUUUUUCAAAACUAAAGGCUGGAAACCUUUGGCGGAGGAUAUCAAGCAAAAUGCAGAGAUUCGACAGAAAUAUAAAGAAUACAAUCGAUAUAAACGCCAACAGCAGGCGAAUGUUACACCAAGAAAGGAAAAGAAGGUAUCUGGUGGAGCUCAGACAACACCACAGAAACAGUCCUUGGAAAAAGAGGUAGCCACACCCAGAGAUCUGGGACCAACUCCUCAAGUAUCUGGUAGAGUAUUGAGCAUUUUUGAUAUUUCACCAGUCAAGAGAUCUGCCACUGGGGAGGUAUUCAGAACACCCUCCAAAAGAAAAAGACCUAAUUCGAAUGAAUCACCUUUGAAAUUAACAACACCCCGAAAAACACCCAUUGCAAGGGGGCCGGUUCUCUCCGAGACGCCGUUGUACCUGAGGCAACAGAGUUUUAGUAUCCAGGAAGAAUUGAUGGCGGCCUCGCCUAAGGUAGUUCAAUCAGAGUCUCCAUUAAAGGUGAACUUGUCAUCGCAGGAAACUCCAACGAAGAUCACAGAAACUUUUAUCGAACCUUCACCUGUUUUUGAUCCAGUCAAACUGGUCAAGAGAAAAUCGUUAUAUGAAAUGUCAAAGGAUUUAGAGGCAUUGCAGAAUGAGAAGCUCUCAAUCGACGGAGUAGAUGAGGACUGUUUGGAUGAAGAAGUCCUCAAGCUGAUGCAAGGGGAGACAGGACCUGACGAAGAGGAGUUCGAGAACGGGAUAGAUAAGGAAACGCAGUUACAACCACAGGAAGAACCUCUGCAUAGAAAGAAAGCCACUCAAAAGAGAACUACUAGGCGGGCCAAGAUAAAAGUUCGAAAAUACCAUGAAAAGGACGAAGAGCUUGAUAUUGAAGAUAUUACCAAAAAAACGGACGAAUCUAUCCGACAGGAUCUUGUUAAGCAAACUGGAGCUCAAGAAUUAGAAACAGAAUCGGAAACAAAUGACGAUGACGACGACGAUAAAGGUAACAAAAACACAAUUUUCAAUCCCCCUCCUGGUGGCUAUAGAAAGACACGAACCAAUUUGGUGUCCACCAACUUUGUCAAGUACAAGCUAAAAAGAAAAGGUAAGAGAAGAAGAUGA